UUUGGUGCAAGAAAUCAAUACUAUCACAAGUGUGUGUGUAUAUAUAUAUAUAUCCCCACAUCAACAAGAUUCAUAUUCAACAAUCUUUAUUAGAAGAUAUUUACACAAACCCACUUCAGUUUCAAGCUCCAAUGGCUCUCCAAGCUACAUCCUCUUUUGCUGUUCACAGAGAGGUGACUUUGAAGGAUUCUAGUCUGUUUGGAGUACCAUUGUCAACUCAUCUUAAAGUUGACUUCACUAGCAGGAAGGAAUUCAACCAAAGGGGGGCACUCAAAACCCAAGCUGUAGCCACAACUCCAGCAGCAAACAUCGCAUCAACCGGAGCGAAGAAAACUUUACGAAAGGGUACCGUGAUCAUAACCGGUGCCUCAUCAGGGUUAGGUCUAGCAACAGCAAAGUCUCUAGCCGAAACCGGAAAAUGGCACGUGAUUAUGGCGUGCAGGGACUUUCUAAAAGCCGAAAGAGCAGCAAAAUCAUCGGGAAUCUCGAAAGAAAAUUACACAGUGAUGCAUUUGGACCUUUCAUCAUUCGAUAGUGUCAGGCAGUUUGUUGGGAAUUUUAAGCAGUCGGGUCGACCGCUUGAUGUGUUGGUCUGCAAUGCAGCGGUUUAUUUACCGACUGCGAAAGAGCCCACGUUUACGGCUGAUGGAUUCGAGCUUAGCGUUGGGACUAAUCAUCUUGGUCAUUUCUUGCUUGCACGAUUGUUGCUUGAUGACAUGAAGAAGUCGGAUUAUCCGUCGAAAAGACUCAUUAUUGUUGGCUCAAUCACAGGUAACACAAACACUUUGGCUGGGAAUGUACCACCAAAGGCUAACCUUGGCGACAUGAGGGGUCUAGCUGGCGGGUUAAACGGGCUCAACAGCUCAGCCAUGAUCGACGGUGGAGAUUUCGACGGUGCAAAAGCAUACAAAGACAGUAAAGUCUGCAACAUGCUUAUGAUGCAAGAAUUUCACCGCCGUUUCCAUGAAGAAACCGGCAUUACUUUCGCUUCAUUGUACCCCGGUUGCAUUGCAACAACAGGUUUAUUUAGGGAACAUAUUCCUCUUUUCCGACUCCUUUUUCCUCCGUUCCAAAAGUACAUCACUAAAGGGUACGUCUCUGAGGAUGAAUCCGGCAAGAGACUUGCUCAGGUUGUGAGCGAUCCGAGUUUGACAAAAUCAGGAGUUUACUGGAGCUGGAACAACAAUUCGGCUUCGUUUGAGAACCAGCUGUCGGAAGAAGCUAGUGAUGUCUCCAAGGCUCAAAAAAUAUGGGAGAUAAGCGAGAAGUUGGUCGGGUUGGCUUAAACAAGAAAUGUCUCUAGUUUCGGUUUGGUUUGGUUUUUUCGGGUGAAAAUGUGAGUGUAGGACAUGUUUUCAGGCAGUUUUCUGUUGUAUAUUUAGGCUCAAAUGAAUAAGAAUCAAUAAGCUUGUGUUUUGAUCUUAUUAACAAAAUAAAAAUAGGAUGUAUCCGAAUA